AUGAGACGACUGGCUGAAGCUCCGCAGCAUACCAUUCACAAUAAUCCGUACAAAGCCCAGAAAGAAUGGCCGCCCGACUUCACAAAGCUCCACCCCAAAUACCAAUUUCGUCUAGAACGCAGGUAUAGACGACGUGCCAAGCUACGAUAUUCGCGGCCUCGGUGGACCAAGGCUGUAAAGCUUGCUGCCUCUGGGAGCUCAUUCUUUAUCCUGGUAUACGGGGUUCUUUUCAUGGAUUGGGGAGAGAUGGCAGGUAGAGACGUGAAGCCUUUUGAAGGAACUCGGGAAUGGGUUCGGAACCAGAUCAGCUCGAUUUGGACAGCAAGCUCGACGACGUCUCCAAAGACUACUGAAGAGAACGGACCUCCUCCGAAGCGUCCACAUUGA